AUGCCACUGCCGGGGUGGAACCCGCUGGCGCCCGUCUUCCAGACCGUCGCCGCCUUCUCCCGCCACAUCCUCAUCGCCCCCGACGGCGGCCCCGACGACCACCGCCUCCGCCCCCUCCUAGCUCUCUCCCUCUCCCCGCCUUCGCCGGCACCACCGCGGCCGGAGGAGAAGGAGAAGGAUGCCAAGGAGGCGCCCCUGACGAAGGAGGAGGUCGGCAGGGCCACGUGGAUGCUGCUUCACACCAUCGCAGCGCAGUUCCCUGAUGAACCCACCAGGCAGCAAAAACGGGAUGCAAAGGAAUUGAUGCAUAUAAUUUCAAGACUAUAUCCUUGCAAAGAAUGUGCUGAUCACUUCAAGGAAGUUUUGAAAGCAAAUCCUGUGCAGGCAGGAUCUCAGGCUGAAUUCUCCCAGUGGUUAUGUUAUGUGCACAACGUGGUUAAUCGAAGCAUUGGGAAGCCAAUAUUUCCCUGCCAAAGAGUAGCUGCACGAUGGGCGGUAGGAGAUCAGGAGAUGAAGCGUCCCUCUGUGCUGAUUUUUCUGAUAUCCGCAUUUGUUGGAGGAAAUCUGCUCAUGGGCAUCGCCUCUAACCCAAGAAGCGUCAAGAACUCCACAGAUCCAGGACAUGGAAGCAUUGAGCUAAACGGCAGGAAACUAAAGGAACAAUAUACCUUUACCAUCCGAAAGACAAGGGGCCUGCAAAAUAUUAGGACCGACGACUACCAACCCGUUGAUCCGAGCCCAAGCUCCAAAGCCACUAUCAGGCCAGGUCCAAUUGAGCACGGGACUCCGCUCCUUCCUUAUGUACCGCGGUACCCACCGCCUCCGCCUGCCUCCUGUUGA